CUAAGGGCCUGCACGGUUAGCGGCGACAAUCAGUGUAUGCAUCAUUUAUUUGAAUGAGUGUCGUCCUUCUUCUAGCAGUGGGGGGAGGAGUGGUGGUACUAGUGCUGGUGCUGGUAUUGGCUCUGCGGCUAUGGCUAGUGCUUCAACCUGGGACCCCUGUGCCCCGUAAAUCUCUCAGUCUUCUAGCUGUGGCUGGCUCCGGUGGGCAUACAACUGAGCUGCUGAGGCUACUUGAGAACUUAUCUGAUGCCUACUCUCCUAGACAUUAUAUCAUAGCUGAAACUGAUGAAAUGAGUGCCCAGAAAAUACAUUCUUUUGAAAGGAGCAGAGCUAAUAAAGAUCCAAGCACCAUGUUUCUCAAAUACCAGAUUCACCUCAUUCCAAGAAGUCGUGAGGUCAAGCAGCCCUGGAUCUCCACAGUGUUCACCACCUUGUACUCCAUAUGGCUCUCCUUUCCCCUGACUCUCCGGGUGAAGCCAGACUUGGUAUUGUGUAAUGGACCAGGAACAUGUGUUCCUAUCUGUAUAUCUGCUCUUCUCCUUGGGAUACUAGGAAUAAAGAAAGUAAUCAUUGUCUACGUUGAAAGCAUCUGCCGAGUAGAAAAUUUAUCCCUCUCCGGAAAGAUUCUGUUUCACCUCUCCGAUUACUUUGUUGUUCAGUGGCCAACUCUUAAGGAGAAAUAUCCCAAAUCCGUGUACCUUGGACGAAUUGUGUAACAGAUGACAACUUGCUUUUUUAGAAUUUCACAGUCAACAGUGUUCAAAAGAAACAAAAGAACGCCAUGUUUAUUAUAAAAGCAUCUGAAAAUGCUGAGAAUUUUUGACAGUCAGGAGUAAAUAACACAGUGAAGAAACUGAGGCUGCUCUUAUAAAAGGCAUUAGUAAACAAGUUUAUGUUUCUCUGUGCGUUAAAUUUCAGGUCCUGAAAAAGGAUGACAGAGGACCUACUGGAGGUUGUAUUGUUAUGUGGAAAACUAAGAAAUGUUAUGCAUGCACAAACUAUUGUAUUUACUGCUGACUGUAAAACAUUAAUCCCCUAAUACAGGGGGGAAAAGUCUCAAAAAAUUAAAUUAAAAAAUUUCUUUUCUAUAAAGAAGUAUCUGUCACCACUGAAAGUUAUCUUCUUACUUGUUUUGUUUUUUUUUUUCAAGAGCUAAAUAAAGAAUUUGUAGGAUUGGUAACAUUUCCUGUUCUACAACUUUUCCCUCUCUGGACAGUAUUCUACACUGUAAAAAGGAAAGAAAAAGAAAGGUAUUUCAUAGUUUUUGUUCAGAUACAACAGGCUUUCUUUCCUGUGUGGAAGCAGCAAAGUCCCCAGUGAGUUCUUUCAGCAUAAAGGAAGCAGUUACAUUAAGUUGGCUUCAUGACAGUUUUUAUUCCACAGAUUUCCAGAACCUUGAGCACAGACCACUAUCUUUUCUUAUUGGUAGUUUCUUUACUUUUACUUUAUGAGCAGUUGGUCUCAAUCUGUUGUUUAAUUGUUAAAUUGAAGGUGAUCAUAGUUAUAAUAGUAGAAAUGUGAUUUUUUUUUUUUUUUUUUUUUUUUACCAGAGCACUGUUCAGCUCUGGCUUAUGGUGGUGCGGGGGAUUGAACCUGGGACUUUGGAGCCUCAGGCAUGAGAGUCUGUUUGCAUAACCAUUAUGCUAUCUACCCUCCGCCCAGAAAUGUGAUUUUUUUUUAUUGGUGGAAUUAGUGGUUUACAGUAGCUACAGUUACUGGUACAUUUGUAAAAUUUCUCAGUUUUCUACAAAACAAUCUCAUCCCCAGCCUAGAUCCACCUCCACCACCAGGCACCAGGACCUGAAUGCCACCCCUGCCCCCAAGUUCUUAAACAUUUUUAAAAUGGCCCUGUUAAUUAAGAAACAAAAUGCUGAACACAUUCUUUUAAUAUUUUAGUAAAUGUAUAAUGUUAUCUAGUUGCCAUUUUUCAAGGUCUGACCUUGAAAAAUGUGUCUAUUUCCUAAGAUCUUAUUCAGUGCUUUCUAUAUGUCAAAUGUUCUUCUAGACACUUUAAAAAUAUUAUACUUAAUCACUUAAUCUUAAUUACAACUUGGUUGGGAAUCUUAUUUUCUGCACUUUACAUAUGGUUUAUCCAAGAUCACAUGUUGAGUAAGUUGCCAAACCAGGUUUCAUAGGCAUGAGAGUAAAGCCAGGUCCAUGGAUAUGUGAACUAGACAGUGACAUACGACCCAAACUUGGGAAAACCUCCCACUUUAUUUGAUACUACUAUCAUUCUGCUGAAUUUCUUAAAAUGUAUUUGAACCCAGGAUCUGCAUUUUAUUUUGCACUGGAUUCUACAAAGUAUUGUACUUGUCCUGACUAAGACUUUGCGCUCCUAAUGUUGUAUGUCAAGUAUAACACAAGUCUGUACAUCUCUCAUUUCAGGGCCUGGCCCAGGUAGCUCCUCAAUAAACAGGAACUCUAUUCUCCUUCC